GAAGUUCUGCGAGCUAAACGUAAUGUAAUCGGGAUAGUUUCGAGACUGAGGCUCAAAGACUUCAUGACUUAGCCGUGGAUUAAGGAAGUUGGGUCAAAUAUGUCUGGUGAGGCGACUGAAACACGACUUCACUUCGAGGGAGUUCUCGACAAAGCUGGUAGAAGAUUCUUUGAGGGCUUUAGAAAGAGAUGGUUCACACUAGAUGGGCAGGAGUUGAAAUAUUACAAAGCUGCUGAGAAAACAGAAGAAAAUUACCUUGGAACCAUUGAUUUUGGCCAGGUCAAGGCAGUUAAUCCAGUAAAGAUAGUCCACAAUGGCUUUCAGAUUAUCACCAAGAGCAGGACGUACACAUUUUCCGCUCCAACACCUGAGUUGUUCAACGACUGGGUAAGUGUACUGAGGCAAGCAAUGCAGCUGAAAUCCUUUGAUAUGCGCAGGAACACUAUCAGCAGUCAAAGUUCCGUAGACUCACAGUAUGAAGAAGUCAAAAGCCGGCCUAAUAGAAGCUUCAGCGCUUUAAGCAGCGGUAGCAGUAACUUGAGUUUUGACGAAGAUGAUGCCACUGAUGCCUUGUACUCUAGUGUUGGAGUUCCCACUGAGGUCAAUCCAAGUCAGGGGGAAGACGCGUACAGCUUAGUUGGUGCAUCAACACUUCCCAAAGCUAAGAAAGAUUCAAGCGAUGGUGCAACGUAUGAGUUAGUUGGAUCGAGGCCACCGUCAAAGUCCGCUCCACCCACAUACGAAAUGGUCCAAGCCGCAGGGAGAUCGUCGCCUUCGAAAACCGUUACUGAAAGUGCUCAUCAAAAACAGACCGAAAAUACAGAAUUGCGCGGUUCUACGCCGGGAGAACAGGACGGUAGCGAGCUUUAUGACGUGGUUCGAGAUACGGGGGAUGUUGGACGAUCAGGCCCAAAGGUGACGGAUGACAAGCCUUCGAGUAAAGAGUGCAAAGAAGGAGAACAGAGUUCUAAUUCUGACGUAACUGACCUUUACAGCUUCCCGAAAAUUAACAGAAAACAAAAGCCAUCAUCAAUACGUGGUCUUUCCAUCAUUUCAGAAAGCCUAGAUUCUGGGGACGAGCUUGAUUCUCAGUCGCCCGUCGAUGAUGUACCCCCGCCACUGCCUCCCCUGACGGAUGAGUCGCUCGCCAUCGAAGAGAUAAAACGACUGUUGGAAGAAGCAAAGAUGGAAGAACGAGACAACGAAGCAGAUUAUGAGAAAACGAAUGGAAAAGAUUGCGAGGACGAAGUUUUCCCAGAGAAGAAACGUUCCGCCUUUGAGCAACUGCGGGAGUUUCUGCAGACGCUCGAUUCUACAGAGGAAGAGUGAAACAGUUUUUUAAAGGACUCAUGCUGCUAAAUUAUUUGAUAUUGUAGUACACUUGCCACUUAGUACAGUAGGGAUUUUCAGCAUCCUAUUUCGGCUCGAAAACAGGAACAAAAUUUUGUAGGUAUCAGAAUGUCUUUACAGUUUGUUCAAAGGAAUCCGAGGAAAAAACUCGGGGCAAGUUAAGGUAAAACUGUACGUAGAAUCUUAUUUGGAACUCUGCUGACUUUCGCCGGCUCGUCUCCAUUCACAGCAGCCCGCAAAAGCCAUGCUUUUCUAUUGAAUAAUUCGCUUUCUUCGCUUUUGGCGCAGGCAGCAUGUUUUCCCUUUUUGAUUGGUUCAUAGUGUUGGUUUGGUUACACAGAUUCUGUUGAGCUGAUUACUUAAUGAACUCUAUAGUCAAUCGACCCUUAAUCCUUAAGAGAGUUAUGUUGUAUAGUAGUACCGAAGUCGUCUCUAUGGAGCAGAAAAUUUUAUGAAGCUGAGAUCUCGGCAAAAUGCUCCACGGAGAAACAGAGUCUUUAAAAUAGGCCUCUCUGUGAAACAGAGAAGUAUAACUCACUUUAGUCUUAAUCUUACGCGAAGUAUGUUUGGAAGAUUUUUUUACAUCCAAUUUACGAUGUCGUCUCAAGUGUUGGGACAAUUUAAAGGUUUAUGGGCGAAACAAAGAAACAGGCGGCAAUGUGAAUGUUGUUAGAUAGCAGAUGAAAAAUGGAAAUAAUAUCUAGUGGGAUAAAUAACAUUGAACUCACGGUCUAGGCCCAAGUUCAUGUCAGAUAUGUUUGCUGUUUUGAUCGUUUCAUUGUCUGGCAGAGCUUAGACUUGCUAAGAGGUCUGUGACUGUUUUUGGAAGUUUUCAUUUUCAUCUAUAUAGAACAACAUUUUUAGCAAUCUAAACAAUUAAACAUAAAGUGUCUAAAGAAUGGAACCAGGAUAAUUACGAAAAACGCUAUGUGAUAUUGAAUUAUAUGAGCACCUUUUCACAUGUUUUUUACAUAAGUUAGAAAAAAAAAUGAAGUAAGUGCUGUUAUUUCAUGAGCAGCACUUGAGUCUGCUAAGGUAUAUAACAACUUUUUAUCGCCAGUUAGGGAUAACUGUAGAGUUCAUUGUAGGUAUUAAAAAUACUAAUAACAUAUUUUCAUAUUUAAUAAGGAGAUGUACUUUUGAUAUAUAUUUUUAACAACAUUUAAAGCAUGCGCGGAGAAAGGUUUGGCUCAUGUCGUAUUGUUUAAAUUAGAAUCACCUGCUUGGAAGGAAACUACUUUUUUCAAGAACAGGCUAGAGCUUUUUUUUUAUAUAUAAAAAAUGUAAUUUAUAAUUUAUACCCUAGUUUUGAUGGAUGUAACUUGAGUUUCAAGGCUUAUUCCUUGACCAAGGAUAGUGUUAUGUAACUAUUGGAAAUAGUUAGGAUUGUAAAUAAAUGAAAUCUCUGAUU